GCCCCCGGCCCGCUUCCUCCUCCUCCCAGGGGCGGCUGGCGGCCGGCGGUGUCCGGCCCAGCCCCGGCCCCGCGCUGCGCGGGCAGCCCCCUGCCGCCGCGCCAUGUCCGCCGGCUGGUUCCGGCGCCGCUUCCUGCCGGGGGAUCCGCUCCCCGCGCCGCGGCCGCCUGGGCCCCGCGCCAGCCCCGUGCCCUACCGGCGGCCUCGCUUCCUGCGAGGCUCGGGCUCCGCCGCGGCCGACGCCUCGCGCCGCACCGACGCCCGGCCCGUACGCUGCCCGGCGCGGGGCCGCACGCUGCCCUGGAACGCAGGCUACGCCGAGAUCAUCAACGCAGAGAAGUCGGAGUUCAAUGAGGAUCAGGCCGCCUGUGGGAAGCUGUGCAUCAGGCGGUGUGAGUUUGGGGCUGAAGAGGACCGGGAGUGGCUGAGCCUGUGCCCAGAGGAGUUCCUGACGGGUCACUACUGGGCACUCUUUGAUGGGCACGGUGGCCCAGCUGCAGCCAUCCUGGCUGCCAACACCCUGCACUCGUGCCUGCGCCGGCAGCUGGAGGCCGUGGUAGAAGGCAUAGUGGCCACUCAGCCCCCUAUGCACCUCAGUGGCCGCUGCAUCUGCCCCAGUGACCCCCAGUUUGUGGAGGAAAAGGACAUCAAGGCCGAAGACUUGGUGGUCGGGGCCCUGGAGAGCGCCUUCCAGGAGUGUGAUGAGGUGAUUGGGCGAGAGCUGGAGGCCUCAGGCCAGGAGGGUGGCUGCACAGCGCUGGUGGCUGUGUCCCUGCAGGGCAAGUUGUAUGUGGCCAAUGCUGGGGACAGCAGGGCCAUCUUGGUGCGGCGAGAUGAGGUUCGGCCACUGAGCUCCGAGUUCACUCCGGAGACUGAGCGGCAGCGGAUCCAGCAGCUGGCCUUUGUCUGCCCUGAGCUUCUGGCGGGUGAGUUCACCAGACUGGAGUUCCCUCGGCGACUGAAAGGGGAUGACUUGGGGCAGAAGGUUUUGUUCCGGGAUCACCACAUGAGCGGCUGGAGCUACAAACGCGUGGAGAAGGCGGAUCUCAAGUACCCACUGAUCCACGGACAGGGUAGGCAGGCUCGGUUACUGGGCACGCUGGCUGUCUCCCGGGGCCUAGGAGACCAUCAGCUCAGAGUCCUGGACACGAACAUCCACCUCAAGCCCUUCUUGCUCUCCGUCCCACAGGUAACUGUGCUGAAUAUGGACCAGCUGGAGCUACAGGAGGAGGAUGUGAUUGUCAUGGCAACUGAUGGGCUCUGGGAUGUCCUGUCUAAUGAGCAGGUGGCACGGCUGGUGAGGAGCUUCCUUCCUGGAAACCAUGAAGACCCACACAGGUUUUCGGAGCUGGCCCAAAUGCUGAUACACAGUACACAGGGGAAGGAGGACAGUCCCACAGGACAAAGGCAGGUGUCCUACGAUGACGUCUCCGUGUUCGUGAUCCCCUUGCAUAGCAAUGACCAAAGAGGCAGUGGCCGCUGAGAAUUCAGACCCUGCGACCCAGAACCAUUCCACAGCCAGGUGCAGUCUGGGCAUCCCUCCACCGUGGCCAAGAGCAGACCUGUCUGCCCUGCCGUACCAUAGCUCUGCAUCCUUGCCUUCCACCCCAAUUCAUACUGAUUUCAAGGGGAAAUAUUUAUACCAGGUGUCAGGGCUGGCAGGGUACACAGAGCCCAGCCCACCAGGCUGCGCUUUUGCAGUAACACCCCUCUGGCCAGGGUACUUUACAACUUAGGAGAAACCCGUGCAAAUCUCCUUAAAACAGGAUUCUCCACAGCCCAAGGUAGGAUUCUCAGAUACGGAAGCCUGGAUUCGGGUUAUUAGCCUGAGAUGCAAAGAGGGGCAGCCCAUUUGGAUUCAGGUCUCCAUGCCACAAAUACCAAGGCAUCCAUUCAACCCGAGGACCACACAGGGUGUCUUGGGGAAAUCUUUGGGGACAAUCUCUCAUCUGCUGCGACAGCCAUUGUGAAAGACAGCCCCUGAGACCAGCUCAGGUCCUGCCCUGCCAUCCUCUGCCACCAGAGGCAGGGCAGAGGCACUGGGGACAGCAAAUAGGGACGAGAGGAGUUCCCAGAGCUUGUUGGUAGGGGAGUGCAAUCUGGUCACUUGACUGGCUGCUUGUCCCUGGCCCCAGCAGUCUGAUGCCCAGCCAUGCCUCUGCUUUGUUGCUCCCAAUUAUUAAAUAUUUGUACACAGAAGAGCCCUUGUGAGUGGUGAGUUGAUGUACAGCUUGGAUCAAGAACACCUUUGCCGUUUAUUACCUUCCAGUGGGUUACUCUGAGGUCUACCUUGCAAGUGUGCACAUGGUCAGGACUCGACUCCAGUCUCCCUGGUUCUUAGCUCUGAUGAGCCCAAAGAAUGGAAAUGAGCUCUCUACUUAUCAUAGCUGCGUUUUCAAUUGCUUAAGUAUCUAUAAAGCUUGAUUUAAUGGGAAACACAUUAGUUGGGGCCCUAUAGUCUGGCAGGUCUGUUCAUCAUCUCUGACUUCGAAGGCUCAGGUAUCCAGGAAGCCUUCAAGACUUCAGUUUAUCUGAUUCUUCCCAGAUGCAGCCCCUAGCUUAGUUUACAAUUAAGGCAGUUCCCAGCCCUGGACUACAGCAGGGCAGAAGAGCCAAUAGAGCACAUGGUGAAACUUGUAGACUUAAUUCCUCUGAGAGGCUCUCAGAUGCCCCUUCUGGCCCAUUAACUCAUUUUCAAUUUCACUUCCUAUACAUAUCUCCAGGGAGAUAAGGAAAAGUACAUCAAACAUUUCCUGGUUUUCAUGAGGCUGGAAUCCACAGUCCAGGACCUCUAGGCCUGAACGUGUCCCGACCUGGGCCCUGAUGAAUGGCACUUGAAGUUCGGGCCAGCCUCAGGACUCCUGCAGUCAGGCAGCAAAUGCAGGAGUGCCGCCCCACCAGCUCGCAGUUUUACUUCCUCCUGCCUCAGCACAGCCAGCCCUGCUCCCCAGAAAGAGAAAGUGUGGGCAGCACCCUGCGCCUGCCUCUUACCCACGUCAGCUGUUGAGCCAGCCUAACGCCUGCUUUUCCUCCUCACACAAUGCUGAAGCCAGGAGUAGGUGUAGUGGGUCUUUGAAUUGCAAGCAGGCUAAAGAGAGCCGAAGUGGCUGCUGCAAGGGCAUUCAUGCUGAUAUUUUUUCAGGCCUCCCGGCAGGACCAAAACCUACAAACCACCCCUCACCCUCUAGGCCAGAAGGCAGUCUGUAUCAAAUGAGCCUAUGCCUAGCCUACCAUACCAAAGCCAGGAUGUUCCCUCUGCUAAGUAUGAGUCACUGGCCAACCUACAAUGACCAAGGGCAGUUUUUCCUGGUUUAGUGAGGGCCGGAGAGGCAGGAAGUAGGUCCUGCAGUUCUGAUGCUGAGCAAGAGCCAUGGACUCAGUAACUACCAACUCUCACCAACGGCUUACCAAGCCAUCGGCUAGCCUUUUUACCAGACCUGCAGGAGUGCAGGAGUCCCAAGUAAGAGGACUAUCCUUGCCCUAAAGAAGGUAAGGCCUAGCAGGACAAAACUCACUCCAGUUAAUUUGAUCAAGGGUUGAGGUCAACAGGGCGAAACAGGCAGACCAAGGUAUGUGCCCAGGUAUAGAUUUUGAAGAUCAAGAUAGUCUCAGGCUUGCCUUCCACUCAUCACUUGUGGACCUACGGCUAUUGAUGACAGUCUGGGGUUAUAAGCUGAGUCUAGGGCUUCCUCCUUCCGGCCCACUGGACUUAGUCAUCAUGAUGCAGUCAGGGACAGUCCCUGGAACCCAGCAAUCCAUUCUCACAGCAUUCCAGCCCCAUAUGAGACAGGAGAACUAAUGGGAGACAAGCCACCCCAACCUCAACUCUGGGAACCAGGCACACAAUGCUACAGAAACUCGAUGGGAGAGGCUACAACCACAAAACUAUUUAAGACUGGUAACAUGGAAAAAAAAUGUUUAUAUGUUAAGUACAAAAGGGACAUAAAAUUGUAUGUACAGCAGAUAACAACUAUGUAAACACACAAAAAUCUAUGCACAGAAAUAUCUAGAGGAACAUUUAACACCAAAAGAUUAACAUUGGUAGUAUUUGGGAGGCAAAGUGAUUCCCAAAUUUUCCUUAAUAAGCAAUAAUUACAAUUGCAAGGGGGAAUAAUUUUUAAAAAUACUCGACUGGCUGGUGGUUGAGUAGUGCAGUGUCGCUGUCACAUACAAAUCAAUGCUUUGGCCCUGACUCUUAAAGAGGCUGGCAAGCAGCCCCUCCUUACCAAGGAAAGCUUGAGCACCUCGGACUCCCACUGAGAGCACCCCUACGGCCCCAGGCCUCAGCCCCUCUCCUCCCCUGUUACACCUUACCCAGCUUUAUCUUUUCUGCACCUCCACGGCCCAGACACACUUUGAAGUUUGGACACACAGGAACUCCUACACAGUUGUUUUCCUCUGCUGGGUAAGUCGUGCUUGGUGGCUACUCUGGUGGCACACGUGGAAGUUAUAUGGCCUUUCUUGUCAACUCAGUUUCUCUGAACGGUUAUUCCUAGCAUGAAUUUUCUACCCUGAAAAGCCACAGGUGGGCAGUCAUCAGCUGAGAUUAUGUGGUUUCUCAAAGUCCCUCCCUCCACUCUGGGAAGGCAGAGCUACACAGUGGGUGGCACUGUGGCAGCUGCUGAUUCCAGUCUACAUUUAGGAAAGGUGUAUGCCUCUUGCCCUUUCAGUCUAGGGAACAACUCAAAAAGUAAUUGCUUUAAAAAAAAAAAAAAAGUGCUAGCAAUUCACAGCCUAUCCCCGCUGCUCAAUAAAAGCAGAGAUGGCUUUGUUUACCCCCUAGCAGCCAAUAGUCCCUUGGGCAAGUCAGAGUCUUGUUGAAUCUCAGUUUCUGGAUCUACAGGAACUGCUGCCUACAUACACAUAUUUGGUUGGAACAGUGAAAAAGCAUACCUUGCUUCGCUCUAAGAAGGUCAUGCAAGAAAAAAAAAAGGAUAGGCUAGCUGCAGUUCAUUUCAAC